AUGUCCCAGCUCCUGCAUGUGGAGAUCCCCAACUUUGGCAGCUCUGUGCUGGAGAGUCUGAAUGAGCAGCGCCUGCAGGGCCAGUACUGUGACGUGGCCGUCAUGGUCAACGGCCAGUCCUUUAAGGCCCACCGCGCCGUGCUGGCCGCCAGCAGCCUCUACUUCAGAGACCUGUUCAGCGGCAGCUCCCAGGGCCUGUUUGAACUACCCUCCUCGGUCAACCCGUCCUGCUUCCAGCAGAUCCUCUCCUUCUGCUACACGGGCAGGCUGACCAUGGCCGCUAGCGAACAGCUCGUGCUCAUGUACACGGCCGGCUACCUCCAGAUCCAGAACAUUGUGGAGCGCAGGAUGAAUCUCAUGCUAAAGGCCAACUCUCCACACUGCGAUUCCCAAACGGCCACCACCGAGGAUCUGGGCUUCGAACCGCCGAGCCCCAACUACAGCCAUCCGGCCCUGUUGCCAGGCGACACGCUAAUGGCCACUUGUAGGAUUAAGCAGGAAAGAUGUGAGUCCCCAAUGAGUGAGGAGCACACAGCCAGGGGCCUCAAGGGCUACGCCACAAGGAGCAGUGCGUUAUGUUACAUGGGGGCAGGAGGGAGUGGCAUGGUACCCAGAGUACAGUCGUACCCUAUGGCCUCUGGGGAGAGCUCUAGCCCAGGAGCCUCCAGCCUCCCAGCCACUGACAGCCCCACUUCCCACCCCAACGAGGAGGAGUUUGAAGAGGAGUUCUACGGCAGCAGCAAUACAAACGGGGCUUACGGGCAGAAUUAUGGGCACCCCACCAACUCCUACAGCAGUAAAUGCUCCAUCCUCUGGGUUACUUUUUAGAAGCACCAGUAGUUCUCAUUUGAGCACAACUUCAGCUUUAGAAUAUACUGUCUGGGAUUGAAAUUCUGCCUCCUCUUGUUCCCCCAGUGCAGGAUAAGUUGGACAUGUUGUCCCUACCUCUGGCCACUGAGGGGCGCUGUGUGCUGAUCGGCAGGGACACGAUGGCGCUGCCACCCAGUCUCAUCAGCCAGAUUGGCUACCGCUGCCACCCCACCCUGUACACAGAAGGGGAUCCCGGGGAGAAGGUGGAGCUGGUGGGAGGUAAGACACAAGCAGUGACCCAUGACAUAGGCCACUCUAGUAAUAUGUAUCUCUAUGGUGCAUCUCAGCUCGUCUCAAGCACUGACUCAAUUAACACUAGAACCACUGGGCCUUUUAGCCUGUAAGUACCCGCUAGAGAAUGUUGCUGGGCGUCCCCAUUAGCGUCCGCAUCAGAUGAAUAUCAACCUGCAAGGUUGAUAAGCACUAACUCUUGAAAAAUAUUGUAAAGGAUAAAUUGCAUGAAGAAAUAUUCGUCGAAAUAUAUCCAUGUAAAAAUAUAACAACAAUAGUGAUUUGUUUAGAUAGAGUCAAGGAUAUGUUUUGAAUAAUUCUACAAAGUCCUACUGAAAAACGUAUAGCCUAUUUUUAUUUCCCUUACAAUAAAAACAUUAGUGUAAUACAUUUUAUACAAUUUAUUUGUAGAUUUUAUUAGUAAUAGAGUUAUAGUAAGUAUUACAGUCCAGUUACAGCUUCAUUAGACAAAGUAUAAAAAAUAUAUACAGUGGGGGAAAAAAGUAUUUAGUCAGCCACCAAUUGUGCAUGUUUUCCCACUUAAAAAGAUGAGAGAGGCCUGUAAUUUUCAUCAUAGGUACACGUCGACUAUGACAGACAAAAUGAGGGGGAAAAAAAUCCAGAAAAUCACAUUGUAGGAUUUUUUAAUGAAUUUAUUUGCAAAUUAUGGUGGAAAAUAAGUAUUUGGUCAAUAACAAAAGUUUCUCAAUACUUUGUUAUAUACCCUUUGUUGUCAAUGACACAGGUCAAACAUUUUCUGUAAGUCUUCACAAGGUUUUCACACACUGUUGCUUGUAUUUUGGCCCAUUCCUCCAUGCAGAUCUCCUCUAGAGCAGUGAAGUUUUGGGGCUGUUGCUGGGCAACACAGACUUUAAACUCCCUCCAAAGAUUUUCUAUGGGGUUGAGAUCUGGAGACUGGCUAGGCCACUCCAGGACCUUGAAAUGCUUCUUACGAAGCCACUCCUUCGUUGCCCGGGCGGUGUGUUUGGGAUCAUUGUCAUGCUGAAAGACCCAUCCACGUUUCAUCUUCAAUGCCCUUGCUGAUGGAAGGAGGUUUUCACUCAAAAUCUCACGAUACAUGGCCCCAUUCAUUCUUUCCUUUACACGGAUCAGUCGUCCUGCUCCCUUUGCAGAAAAACAGCCCCAAAGCAUGAUGUUUCCACCCCCAUGCUUCACAGUAGGUAUGGUGUUCUUUGGAUGCAACUCAGCAUUCUUUGUCCUCCAAACACGACGAGUUGAGUUUUUACCAAAAAGUUAUAUUUUGGUUUCAUCUGACCAUAUGACAUUCUCCCAAUCCUCUUCUGGAUCAUCCAAAUGCACUCUAGCAAACUUCAGACGGGCCUGGACAUGUACUGGCUUAAGCAGGGGGACACGUCUGGCACUGCAGGAUUUGAGUCCCUGGCGGCGUAGUGUGUUACUGAUGGUAGGCUUUGUUACUUUGGUCCCAGCUCUCUGCAGGUCAUUCACUAGGUCCCCCCGUGUGGUUCUGGGAUUUUUGCUCACCGUUCUUGUGAUCAUUUUGACCCCACGGGGUGAGAUCUUGCGUGGAGCCCCAGAUCGAUGGAGAUUAUCAGUGGUCUUGUAUGUCUUCCAUUUCCUAAUAAUUGCUCCCACAGUUGAUUUCUUCAAACCAAGCUGCUUACCUAUUGCAGAUUCAGUCUUCCCAGCCUGGUGCAGGUCUACAAUUUUGUUUCUGGUGUCCUUUGACAGCUCUUUGGUCUUGGCCAUAGUGGAGUUUGGAGUGUGACUGUUUGAGGUUGUGGACAGGUGUCUUUUAUACUGAUAACAAGUUCAAACAGGUGCCAUUAAUACAGGUAACGAGUGGAGGACAGAGGAGCCUCUUAAAGAAGAAGUUACAGGUCUGUGAGAGCCAGAAAUCUUGCGUGUUUGUAGGUGACCAAAUACUUAUUUUCCACCAUAAUUUGCAAAUAAAAUCAUUAAAAAUCCUACAAUGUGAUUUUCUGGAGAAAAAAAAUCUCAAUUUGUCUGUCAUAGUUGACGUGUACCUAUGAUGAAAAUUACAGGCCUCUCUCAUCUUUUUAAGUGGGAGAACUUGCACAAUUGGUGGCUGACUAAAUACUUUUUUUCCCUACUGUAUAUAUAUAUAUAUAAUAAUAAUAUAACCAGCGAGGUGCGCAGGUGAAAUUAUUUGCCGUAUUCUUAAACAAAAGCACCAGUGCAUGAAUAAUUGUAAAGGAUGAAUAGCAUAAAUAAAUAUUUGUGGAAGUAUAUCCAUGACUAGAUAUAAAAACAAUAGUUGUUUGUUUGGAUAGAGUCAAGGAUAUGUUUUGUAUAAUUCUACAAAGUCCUAGUGAAAAACGUAGACCUAUAGCCUAUUUUCAUUUCCCUUACAAGAAAAAUAUUACAGUGUAAUACAUUUGAGCAACUUUAUUUGUAGAUUCGAUUAGUAAUAGUAUUACAGUCCAGUUACAGCUUCUUUGACAAAGUAGAAAACAAAAAUAUAUACUAAUAUAAACAGUCAGGUGCUCAGGUGAAGUGAUUUGAUGUAUUCCUAAACAAAAGCACCAGUGCAUGAACAAUUGUAAAGGAUGAAUAGCAUAAAUAAAUAUUUGUGGAAAUAUAUCCAUGACAAGAUAUAAAAAACGUAAUUUGACAUUGUCCUCUUUUUCCCGAGUGGGAGCUAUGGUGCAUAGGGAAGAGGGAGAGCAGGACGCGCUGCUGCCUUGGCUGCCUCCUUGGUGGACUGCUUGGUGGCUGUAGCUGCUUUCUUGGCUUUCAUGUGGUUCUCACGAAGCUCACAUGCCAGAUCCAUGAUGAAGUCUCUGCUGACUAUCUUGUCAAGGCAUUGCUUGUACAACACGUGUGCAUUGAUAGCAGCCAUGUCGAGCACAUUGUAGAACACUGCAACAGGCCAGCGGCAAGUACCUCCUUUACAGAGUACAGUCUUGUCAUCUGGUCGAGUGCAUCCAGACCAAGCUAUUGCAUAAAACAAAAUAGCAUAGAAAAGGUUAGAAUUAUAUAGAAUAAUACUAAUAAUAAUAUCAAUAAUAUUAAUGUAAUACAAUAUAAUGAAAGGAGAUAAUAUUUGGUGCAUGGCAGAUGGAAAGGCUAUCUGUAAUGGCAGAGCUACGUACAGUGAGGGAAAAAAGUAUUUGAUCCCCUGCUGAUUUUGUACGUUUGCCCACUGACAAAGAAAUGAUCAGUUUAUCAUUUUAAUGGUAGGUUUAUUUGAACAGUGAGAGACAGAAUAACAACAACAAAAAUCCAGAAAAACGAAUGUCAAAAAUGUUAUAAAUUGAUUUGCAUUUUAAUGAGGGAAAUAAGUAUUUGACCCCCUCUCUCAAUCAGAAAGAUUUCUGUCUCCCAGGUGUCUUUUAUACAGGUAACGAGCUGAGAUUAGGAGCACACUCUUAAAGGGAGUGCUCUUAAUCUCAGUUUGUUACCUGUAUAAAAGACACCUGUCCACAGAAGCAAUCAAUCAAUCAGAUUCCAAACUCUCCACCAAGGCUAAGACCAAAGAGCUCUCCAAGGAUGUCAGGGACAAGAUUGUAGACCUACACAAGGUUGGAAUGGGCUACAAGACCAUCGGCAAGCAGCUUGGUGAGAAGGUGACAACAGUUGGUGUGAUUAUUUGCAAAUGGAAGAAACACAAAAGACCUGUCAAUCUCCCUCGGUCUCGGGCUCCAUGCAAGAUCUCACCUCGUGGAGUUGCAAUCAUCAUGAGAAGGGUGAGGAAUCAGCCCAGAACUACACGGGAGGAUCUUGUCAAUGAUCUCAAGGCAGCUGGGACCAUAGUCACCAAGAAAACAAUUGGUAACACACUACGCCGUGAAGGACUGAAAUCCUGCAGCGCCCGCAAGGUCCCCCUGCUCAAGAAAGCACAUAUACAGGCCCGUCUGAAGUUUGCCAAUGAACAUCUGAAUGAUUCAGAGGAGAACUGGGUGAAAGUGUUGUGGUCAGAUGAGACCAAAAUCGAGCUCUUUGGCAUCAACUCAACUCGCCGUGUUUGGAGGAGGAGUAAUGCUGCCUAUGACCCCAAGAACACCAUCCCCACCAUCAAACAUGGAGGUGGAAACAUAAUGCUUUGGGGGGGUUUUUCUGCUAAGGGGACAGGACAACUUCACCACAUCAAAGGGACGAUGGAUGGCGCCUUGUACCGUCAAAUCUUGGGUGAGAACCUCCUUCCCUCAGCCAGGGCAUUGAAAAUGGGUCGUGGAUGGGUAUUCCAGCAUGACAAUGACCCAAAACACACGGCCAAGGCAACAAAGGAGUGGCUCAAGAAGAAGCACAUUAAGGUCCUGGAGUGGCCUAGCCAGUCUCCAGACCUUAAUCCCAUAGAAAAUCUGUGGAGGGAGCUGAAGGUUCGAGUUGCCAAACGUCAGGCUCAAAAACUUAAUGACUUGGAGAAGAUCUACAAAGAGCAGUGGGACAAAAUCCCUCCUGAGAUGUGUGCAAACUACGAGAAACGUCUGACCUCUGUGAUUGCCAAAAGGGUUUUGCCACCAAGUACUAAGUCAUGUUUUGCAGAGGGGUCAAAUACUUAUUUCCCUAAUUAAAAUGCAAAUCAAUUUAUUACAUUUUUGACAUGGGUAUUUCUGGAUUUUUUUGUUGUUAUUCUGUCUCUCACUGUUCAAAUAAACCUACCAUUAAAAUUAUAGACUGAUCAUGUCUUUGUCAAUGGGCAAACGUACAAAAUCAGCAGGGGAUCAAAUACUUUAUUCCCUCACUGUACCUUUGUGCGAUUGUAGUCUGUCACUGUCUCCGGUUUCUUCUUCUGGUAACUGCCGAUGGCAACAGUGGAAUGCAUGGUGCUGAGGAUUGCAAAUACUCUUAGUGUUGCUUUACCACUCUUUCAUCACUUCAUCACUGAUGUGGACUAAAGCUCCGCUGGUAUGUUGUUUUGUGCAGAGGGCGGCAGCUCCAGUCAGUUUGUUCACUGUUCCGAGCAGGCUAGUCUUCUUUGCCAGACUCCUGUCUCACUGUUGCAGUUAGGAUCACCGUCUCAGUUGGCCCUGUUCUGGUUUUUCUGUGGCGAGACUCAGGCAUCAGAGGCAGAGGCUCGAAUCAGAUGAAGAAUCUUCAUCAGCAACGUUGAUUUCAAGAUCAAGAUCUGAUCCACCAUCCGAUUCCAGCUCAUCUAUAUUCUGCAGCAUUUUCGAUGCUGUCAGUGUGUCCAUUCGUUUGGUUUGGCUUGCCAUUGUGAACUACACACAUUGAAUGUUGUUCUCAGUGUCUGAUUUUACUCUCUGAGGGGAGAUGAUAUACCAUUUCCAGCCUUAAUAAUUUAAUUUAAAUAGCCUUAAAAAAUAAUUUGAGCACCCACAAUUCUUUAUUAUUACACUAUUGUUUCUUUAUUCAAACCCCUUCACCCUCGUCAUUCAGAUCAUUCAAAUUCAAUCACCCUCUUCACCUUCCUCCUCAUCAUUCAGUUCAUUCAAAUUCAGUUGUGAAGUCACAUGCACAAUUAUCCGUUUCUCUCUGGUUUCUAUCACCCAUUCAUCCAUUGACAACACUCAUUCAGUGAGGAGAGAGAUGCAUUAGCGCCUGGGUACCAAUGCCCUUCGGCACAUUUGUCUUGGCCCCUUAAGUUAGUAAUAGCUGUUUUAAAAAAAACAGGUAAACAGCCUCUAAAUACCUUUCUGUUUGUGAUUUUUUUAAAUCGGACAACUGAGCAAUCUAAAAUAUAAAUAUUUAGGGAAAGUCAGGGAAGGAGCAGGACGUUGCUAUUUUUUGGGGGGCAUAUUUUUAUUUAUUUACAAAAUCAAACGUCAGUAGUCGUUGGCCUAUGGCUGUUGUAGUGUUAAAGACCUAAGCCCUCACGUGCAGACAGUUUAUUUUCUUCUUUCCAACUGUAUCAUACAAUACAGAGAUGUUAUCAUGGACAUAGAGAUCAUUAGGGAGGCCCGCCGUUUUAUUGUUUUCAUCAUGGAUGUGAACGUGAGUAGCAUUGCUCUGUCCUUUUCCACAGGUUCUGGUGUAUAUAUGACUCGUGGCCAGUUGAUGAACUGUCAUUUGUGUGCUGGCAUUAAGCACAAAGUGCUGCUGCGUCGGUUGCUCGCCACCUUCUUUGACAGGUUAGAAUGUUCAAUUCUACAGUGCAUUUGUAACUAUAUUGUCGUGGCCAGAUUGUGGACCUAGACAGUAGACUACUAGCUCUUUAUAAAGCAUAUUUUGUAAUAUCAGACAGAGAAAAUUAGAGUGGGGGGGUAGAGAAAAUGAUAGAAAGGAUAAAGAGAGAGCCCUAUGAUUACUGAUUAGGCUAUUGUAUACAUAGAAACACUCUGGCCAAUAGCUGUGGAACUGGAAUUCGCUCCUCCACCAAUGAUCCCAGCCGAAAACCGUUGGACAACCGAGUCCUAAACACUGUCAAACGUAGGUGCCCUUCUGUUUUCUCAGGUGUUAAACAUCAUACUGUAUUAAUUUGGCUCAACACUGUAUGUAAAGUAGACAAUAUGCAUUUCUUUCAAUGUUGCCUUGUCUCUUUCCCCUCUUUUGCAGUCUACUGUCAGAACUUUGCACCUAAUUUCAAGGAGAGCGAGAUGAACGUGAUCGCAGCCGACAUGUGCACCAACGCACGGCGUGUGCGAAAGCGCUGGCUGCCCAAGAUCCAGUCCAUGCUCCCGGAGACCAAGGAGAGCAGCAGGAGCUCCUGCAAGGGGCAGUCCAGGGCCUGUGCGUCAUCCCAGACAAGCGUGCUGUCGUCAGCCUUGCCCUUUGAAAUGGACUUCAGACACCUGACGUCGUCCUACCUGACCCUAGAACAGCAGCUCUACGCCGAGAGCCGCAAAGAGACUCUCCUACCUCACCUGCAGUUUGUGGGGACCACCAGGUCAGAGGAGGGGGCUGCAGCAGCAGGGCUGGCUGAGUCUGAGACAGAGUCUGGGCCUGAGCGAGGAGGACGAGGAGCCCAGGCAGGCCAAGGAACUGAACGCCACUCUGAGCGCUUGGAGAGAGCAGCUGAGGUUCCUUCCCUCAGCACACAGGGUAAGGCUGGGGCCGGGGGCUCCCCCUCCUCCAAACACACAGGGCAGCAGGAGGACAAGUCGCUAGGAGAUGACCAGUGA